AUGGCUCAUGGAGUUUGUGAGAUGUUGUGGUUAAGGCACUUGUUGAGGGAUUUGGGGUUCAAGCAGAAGAAAGCCAUGCCCUUAUUCUGUGAUAACAAAGCUGCAGUUGACAUUGCUCAUAAUCCUGUCCAACAUGAUCGCACAAAACAUGUGGAGGUUGAUGGACACUUCAUCAAAGAGAAGCUGGAUCAACAAACCAUUUCUUUUCCCUUCGUACCUACUGAGGAGCAGUUGGCGGACAUUCUUACAAAGGGAGUUUCUAGCAAGGCGUUUUGUGACUCACUUGACAAGUUGGGCGUCUCAAUUAUGCUUAGCAUUAUAUACAUUGAGGUUUGCUGAAGACUUAGUCUGACGAUAGUGUGAUCUCGAGUUGGGGAAGAAUUUUUCAUCUGGCCGCAAACAGGAUAUCCAGAGGAGCUGUUCAAGGUAACUUCAGGACAUAGUCUGUUUGCAAUUGUCAAUGGAAGGUGUGUCGAAGACCCUAGAUCAAAGGCAUCAGAUUUAACAAGCAAUUCACUGUCAGGGCUUGAGAUAGCUACAAACCGAGACAUUAUUGGGAUUGCUUUAGCCAAUCUUGUUAGGCUUCACUGGAAACUUGCUUCAAGAUCAACUCAUGGACUGAUGCUGACGUCUCCACUCAGGCAUGUUCACAAUGCUCAUGAUAAACUUUACAAAAUCACUGAUUCAAAGGCUCCUCUGUUACGACCCCAAGAACUUAGCUUGACAUACAUGACUAGCAAGUUCCCGUUGGUUUCUAUAUUAGAAAUGCCAUAA